AUGUCGUUCUUCGUUAGGCUAUGGGAGUCCAUUUUCGAACCGGGCACUUCUCCUCAGUUGAUCAUCGCUACCCAUGUUUCCUUCAUUCUGCUGUUAGUCACGCUCGGGUCGCUGAUAGUCAUCACAAACUACAAUAUCCAUUUCAUAUUACUCUUCAUCAUCGCGUCUCUGCUGUGGAUCACCGUCAUAUGGUUUGUCAACGAACUGAAGAACAUAGACCUGAAAUCAAACAGUGAAUUACAAACUAAUAAGGGAAAGGCUGAAUCCGAAGCAUCACCACUCACUGGAGAAGUCACAUCUGGUUACUCCAAGGACUCUACCGCCUCUCAUAGUACCACAUCCAGAAAACUAUAA